AUGGAUGAUACCAAUGAGUUGUUGCAUCUCUUGGUGGAUGCUAUCAAUAAUGGAUUGUGUGAUGCUAAUGGGUCACUUAGCAAGCAAAAUGUACAAAGAGUGAUACUUCCUUGUCUUAAUGCGAAAAUUAGGUUCCCAAAAACUUAUAAUCAUUACUUGAGCCGAAUGAAGUGGUUUAAGAAGCAAUAUAAGAAGAUGUCUACGCUUAUGUGUAACAACUCUGGCUUUGGGUGGGACCCAAUUACAAAGACGUUCACUGCUAGUGAUGAAGUAUGGAAAGAUUACUUGAAGAGUGUUGUUGAUUAUGAGGAUUUGAAGAUUGUUGUUGGGGGUGGAACUGCUACUGGGAAUGGCUCCAUUGCAUUGGGCGCUGAUGAUACCGAUGCAACAACUUAUGAGGAAGAAAAUAGAGAUUUCGGGAUGGAAGACUUUUCAUAUGAUCCUAAUAAUGAUGCAUUCAUAGCACCAAAUCACUAUGAACCAUCCUAUCAGCCUCCAUCACCCCACCAACGUAUAGUCAACCAUCUCAUUCCCCUUUUGGUUCAGAGGUUCCCACUGAAAAAUUAA